CGCGGAGACGCGGAAGCGGCGUCCGGCGGCACCCGGCUCCCAGCGCUCCCAGGCGCGUUCGGUCGGCCGGGCGGGCGGCGGCGGCGGGAUGGAGCCCGCGACCGCGCCCCAGCCCGACAUGGCGCCGGAGCUGACCCCGGAGGAGGAGCAGGCCACCAAGCAGUUUCUUGAAGAGAUUAACAAGUGGACAGUUCAGUACAAUGUUUCCCCCCUCUCUUGGAAUGUGGCUGUCAAGUUCCUCAUGGCCCGGAAGUUUGAUGUGCUCCGUGCCAUAGAGUUGUUCCACUCCUACAGAGAAACACGAAGGAAGGAAGGCAUUGUGAAGCUGAAACCUCAUGAGGAACCUCUCCGUUCUGAGAUCCUUAGUGGGAAAUUCACCAUCUUAAAUGUUCGGGACCCAACAGGAGCCUCCAUUGCCCUCUUCACUGCCAGAUUGCAUCACCCCCACAAGUCAGUCCAACAUGUGGUACUUCAGGCUCUGUUUUACUUGCUAGACAGAGCUGUGGAUAGCUUUGAAACUCAGAGGAACGGACUGGUGUUUAUCUAUGACAUGUGUGGUUCUAAUUAUACCAACUUUGAACUGGAUCUUGGCAAGAAAGUCCUAAACCUGCUGAAGGGAGCAUUUCCUGCUCGUUUGAAAAAAGUACUGAUUGUGGGAGCACCAAUAUGGUUCCGAGUGCCCUAUUCCAUCAUCAGCCUCCUCCUGAAGGACAAAGUCCGGGAGAGGAUUCAGAUAUUAAAGACAUCUGAGGUCACCCAGCACCUGCCCAGGGAGUGCCUUCCAGAAAACCUGGGUGGGUACGUCAAAAUUGACCUCGCGACUUGGAAUUUCCAGUUCCUACCCCAGAUGAACGGCCACCCAGACCCCUUCGAUGAGAUCAUCCUGUUCUCCCUCCCUCCUGCCUUAGACUGGGACUCAGUACAUGUUCCAGGCCCCCACGCCAUGACCAUCCAAGAGUUGAUGGACUAUGUUAGCACCAGGCAAAAGCGGGGGAUAUAUGAGGAGUAUGAAGACAUCCGCCGUGAGAACCCUGUUGGCACUUUCCACUGUUCUAUGUCUCCAGGAAACCUAGAGAAGAACCGCUAUGGGGAUGUACCCUGCCUGGACCAAACUAGAGUGAAGUUGACCAAACGAAGUGGCCACACUCAGACAGAUUACAUCAAUGCCAGUUUCAUGGAUGGCUACAAGCAGAAGAAUGCUUACAUUGGUACACAAGGCCCUUUGGAGAAUACUUAUCGUGAUUUCUGGCUCAUGGUAUGGGAGCAAAAAGUCCUGGUGAUUGUCAUGACCACCCGCUUUGAGGAAGGCGGCAGGAGAAAGUGUGGCCAGUACUGGCCAUUAGAAAGAGACUCUCGGAUCAGAUUUGGCUUCCUCACGGUGACCAAUCUAGGCGUGGAGAACAUGAACCAUUAUAAGAAAACAACGCUAGAAAUUCACAACAUAGAGGAGCGGCAGAAACGCCAGGUGACCCACUUUCAGUUCCUGAGCUGGCCAGAUUAUGGUGUCCCUUCCUCGGCAGCUUCUCUCAUCGACUUCUUGAGAGUAGUCAGGAACCAGCAGAGGCUGGCUGUCAGCAGUAUGGGAGCGCGUUCCAAAGGGCAGUGCCCUGAGCCACCCAUUGUCGUCCACUGCAGUGCAGGCAUUGGCAGGACAGGUACCUUCUGCUCACUGGACAUCUGCCUGGCACAGCUGGAGGAGCUUGGCACCCUUAAUGUGUUCCAGACGGUGUCCCGCAUGAGGACCCAGAGGGCCUUCAGCAUCCAGACCCCUGAGCAGUACUAUUUUUGCUACAAGGCGAUCCUGGAGUUUGCAGAGAGGGAGGGCAUGGUGCCUUCCAGUCACAACCUCCUGGCCAUGGAGGGUCAGUAACUGUCCCACGAUCCUCCCAUGUGCUGGCCAGCCUUCCUUAAACUACCCUGGACACCGCUGAGCCUAUAGGUUGCCGUCAGUUAUGCUGAAGCAAUGGACCAACCUCUUCCUCGUGUCUCCUGGCGCACUCGUGCACACAAGGCAGCCGUUCCCCUUUGGCUAGAUAGAUGUGGUGAAAUUGCCACUAGAGAGGGCCAGCAGCAAUGUGUUCUUAAUUCCUAGCACCUGCUAUCGAACUGUGCCUUAUUAAAACCAAAUUGUGGCUAUCGGUUUUUGCCAGGGGCCCCGAGGUAAGUGGGGAAGGAAACUCCCUCCCCCCUUUCCCAAUGCCAUUCUCCUUCUUGAGGUCUCUUUCCCAUUCCUUCCCUUUGCUAGGAUUUGAUGGGGAGGUUUGAUGAGCAUCCACCUUCCUUCCCAGAGAGCUUGACCAAGUUACAUACUCUAGAGAACGUCCCGAGUGCCAAGCACGUUUAUACCUAGGGCGUGUAUUCCAGUCUUUUCUGUCAUUCUGUGUGUGUGUGUGUGUGUGUGUGUAUGCGUGCAUGUGCGCGCGCACUUACAUGUAUGGGUCCAUAUGUACGUGUGUAUAUAAUAUAUAUUGUAUGUAAUAAUAUGGUCGUAUUCUAUAAAUACAUAUACACAGAGAUACUCCUUUGUAGACUUUCCUGGGGCUCCGUGUUGCAGUUCAGGACUCUUUGCUUCGUGGACCCAGCUGUUUAUCCUGGACUAGCUGGGGCUGGGGAUCACAUCCCUUGUUGUCAGACUGCAGAGUGGUGGAAGAGAACACACACACACAUCCACUCCUCAUGCUCCUGCCACAGGCCCUCAUUCUUACGUAAGGACUUACCUCUUUCCAGAAUACUGGAGCCAAGAAUUCUGAUUUAUGGUGACACUGGUUUAACUUAGCAUGAAUUGC